UGGUCACCUCUGAUAUCUGCAAGCGCUAUCUUCAACAUGCCGUAUCACGUUUAGCUGCGGAACAUCUAUUGCUCUUCGCCUGUGCCGGAAGUUGCUCGUGAAAGCGAGUCACGGACUAAGGCGCUCGCUCGGAUCUGCGAGUCGCCGCCUGUUGGCUCAGACUCCAAAACGCUUCUGCCUCAAUUGCUGUCUCCUCCACCUCUGCUCCGUCUGAGAUCGACGUCGAGGGCCUUGGGCACAAACAGCUCGAAGCCGUAGCCGCCGGCUACGUUUGUCGGCGCCUUCGUCUCAUUUCGCGGCCAUGUCCGGUCCUCAGCGACCCUCUCUCGCUGGAGGGACUGACUGCGGCACCAAUGCCAGCACCAGUGGGAGCAAUAGUGUCAGCCGAAGCAGCAGCUUGUCGAAAGGCGCUGGAGAUGCAAAGGCCAGAUGGAAGGCGCUGUUCGGAGACAAGACUGUUCAUAUCGACAGUAUCGACGACGGCAUGUGGGACAAUAAUGACGAGCACUUCCUCGAAGAGAUUGCUCGAGAGCGUGGCCCUGGGUCGAGCGCCAAUGGCAGUGCAGAUGGACACAGCUCCUCUCAUGGGCACAGUCACGGGAAGCUGCAACGCAGCUCGUCUUCCGCUUCGCUCUCAGCGCUGUCAGCGGGCGGAGACGAUUCGUACGGCCGCUCACCGCGAGGUCAUGCCCCGAAUCCUAGUUGUGUUGGACGCAAUGCUUAUCCCCCGAGAGCUGGUGGUCAUCGCGGUCUGCACUCCUCACGACCUCCAUCCGCGACUGGCCAUCGGCCCAGUGCAAGCUCCAGUGGCGGUGGUGGGAAUGCUGGCUCAUCUGCAAAACAAAGAUCGUCAUCUCUCAACAGGCGAUCUUCCAUUUCCUCGCUGAAGGGCUCAGCCAGCACAGGAGCGCCUCCGCAGCUAGCCUCGGUAUUCUCAUCGUCGCUGUCACAAAACGACCAUGGGGGCGGCUACAAGGGAAGAUCGAGUAUUGACUCGGACAAUGGCAGCAUCAGAUCCAUCAGGUCGUUCACCAGCGGCAUGGCGCCUGCUCCUCAGCGAAAAGCCCCUCCUACCGGGCCGCUCCCGCCACUGCCGCCUGGUGCCAAGCCACAAGCGCCACCUGCGCUGCCAGGGAAGGACAAAGCGCCAUCAAGUGGCGCCAGGGACAUGUCUUUUCUGCGCUUUUCAGCAGCAGACAUCAAAGUUCCUUCUAUCAACUCCAACACUUCGUCCUCCUCUCAGCCGCUCUCCGCCACAACGCAGGCGACCACACCCUCCACUGCGUCGUCAACGCACACCAACGGCGGAGCUCGUUCAUCUCCGCAUUCGACACCUUCAUUAGCAACGAAUGCACUGCCGAUCCUAGCGUCGCCGGUGCGCUUCAACGAGCACGAUCGCAGCCUAGAAUUCCGGCCCAAUGAACUCUUCGAGACGCUCAAUGUUGAUGAAGAGCCGGAGAGUGAUCGUGAAAACGCUAGCGUUGCAUCGAGCCGACCCUUUUAUGACGAUCGCGAGCGACCCAGCUCACGGACAGCUACCAGAGCUGCAAGUAAUAACACGGCAAGUGGGAAGGUGAAUACGAUUUCUGUUAACACUACACCUGUCUCUUUACGACGAGGUCCACUGCCUCCGCCACCCCAGCAGCUGCAUAUAAAUAGCGGCGCUGGCAGUUUCGAUCGCAGCAGCUCGCGCUCCAAUGCGUGCUUUGGUGAUGGAGACUAUAGCAGCCGGGAGGCGUCGCCCAUCGACCUGGGGUUUGCGCGGCUGGGCAUCGAUGACCUUAAGACGUCUUUCAAUGCAUACAAAAUCGGAACUCCUACCAGCUUGCCGGUCCCAUCGGCUCUUACGAUCGCCAUUGGUCACGGCGGCAGCGUCAGCUCCACGGAGGACAGGGAGAAGGACAUGAACCGGUCCGUCAUCUCGCCCUUUGCGCAGCCUAUGCCGAUGCAGAAUUAUUCACUUACGCGCACGCCUGGACGGCCAUUGAAUGCGGUACCUUCGGGGGCGAUGGACAUUAUGGACAGCAUAUCCGUCUUGACCAGCGCGAACAGUGAAGCCGAAUCUAGUAAUCUCGUUUCCCAGUCACUGUCGGAAAGGGAACGAGAGUGGGAGCGGCGCGAUUCGCAGCAAAAAUCGAUCGAUGAGCCGUAUGAGACCGAUCAGGUGGUCGAGAAGCUUAUUGCGAGUGGGCUCUUACCGCACGGCUGGGCUGGUGGGUCAUUAGGGAGCGCACCCCGAUACGCCAACAUCGCUCUGAGCUCGUCCGUGCCGAUUGGAAAUCUGAGUGUGAAUGACAAAGAAAAGAUGCCUUCCGCCAAGUUGGGCAACAAUGGCCUGCUCAGCGGGCUCAAAAGGCGUUUUGGAGCAAGCGGCUCCUCAACUGGGACCUCUCUGCUCAAGUCGAGCUCAAGGGACAGGGCUCUGCCGUCCAGCUCCCCAACGUCGCAACGAAAAGUGCACAGCGAUGUACACAUUGUAGGCAAAUUCAAGCCUGCGUCUGGUAUGGACGCCAUGUCGCUCGCAGGACUUUACCUUUCUUCGCAGGCAGACCAGGGGAAAAGGCGGAAGGACGCACAGGCGGCCGGAAGCAUAGAUGAUGAUUCGGCUGGCCACCUGGGAAGCGCGGGAUCAUUCAUGCCCAUGGCGUCGCCGGCUCCAUAUUCGGCCUCACACGACGAUUACCCCAGGUACGAGCAGUCUCCGAGGUCAGAACUCGCGACUGUGCCUUUGUAUGCAUUUGAGGCAGACAUGGCGUGCAGACCUCUGCCUCAACCGUCUACAGAUGGCUUGGGGGGUCGCAAGCCAAUACGAGCGCUAAGCAGCGACAAUAUUCAUGAUCGCGACUCGCAAGCAGCACGCAGUUAUCUCCCGCACCAUCCGCCGAGCUCCCGCCGGCUUGGGCCAUGGGUUAGGGCCUUUCCAGUUCCGGCGGGGCGGGGGGCGCAGCAGGCAGCGACGCCGCCAUCGGAUGUCUAUCGUAAGGGUAGCGUCCCUUCCCUCCGGAGCAAGGGAGAUAGCUUGGAUGAUAUGGGGAAGAAGCUCAACAUUCAGCAGACGACCGGUCCUGUCGCUGCCUCGCAGCCUGCUGCUGAGGCACCCGAAACACUGAUGCCGUUGCCGCCACCGCUGUUGCCACUACCACCAACAGCAACAGCAACCUCCACGGAUGAGUCACAAGCGCCCAAUGAAGCGCCUUCUGUUGCUCGACCCACCAUGUUGCUGGAUGUCCGCUUGCCUCCUUCGCCUGCUCUAUCCAAUCAAUCUUCGCAAGCUCCCCACACGCCGCAUACACGGAUCUCGGGCCACUCGUCAAUCGUGGACGCAUACAUGGACUCACUGUACAGCCCUGGCAUGCUUUCUUCCAGUACGCACGACUCGUUUCCGCUCUCUGCCAAUUCGAUGGCCGCACGGCCGCGGGAGUCGUCGGCGCCGUCGUUGUUGAGCGAAUCUAGUGAACUGCUAUCGCCAUCAGGCAAGCCCCCUCCGCGUCCUCCGAAGGCCGCGAGUCGCGAGGCGAGGAUGCGCCCAGGCAGCGUUCAAUCCCUCCAGAUGGUGGCAGACGGUGUUGGUGCCUCGGGCAGCUCCCAUUACUCUGCAAGACUGUCCUUCGGCGGCUCUGCCUCCGGAACUGGUCCGUUGUCAUCCCCAAUGGAAGAGGCGAAUCCACGACGCCCUUCCACCGCACAGCCCAAGCGUGUGAGCACAUCUUCGCAGUUGCAAUGGCAGGUGGGGGCCAGAUCGAUGGGGUUGUCUCAGCACAGCUCGCCUUUGCUAUCCGCUGGUCUGCCACCAGAGCCCUCAUCGCUGCAGAUGCCGUGCAGUCCCAUCGGCCUCGGCGUGGUCAACUCGAGACCGGCUUCAUCUGGGGUACGGCCGCUAUCCACCACCUCAACGUCUGGGCUGGCCGACUCGACCUUUUUUGCGCCGGAUACCCUGCUUCCCGCUGCCAACCUUACUGGAGAUGCCAAUCGCAACCGGAGCAAUUCCAAUCCCACGCAUGCGGAUCUGCAUGACCUCACGAGCAGAUUCUCGACGCCGACCGACCUGCCUGCUGCAACAAUGCAACGCAGGCAAUCGAACAGCAGCGAGAGUGGCGUCAACGGCGUACAAGCGCGGUAUCCGCAGGUGCGGCGCAAGCGCCCUGCUUUCGGGCUGAAUGUUGCUCCAAGUGCGGCUGCGGCGUUCGAUUCGAUCCCUUCGCCAGAUCUGACGGCCAGUUUCGCUCGCUCACCUCGUUCACCAUCGAUAGGCGUCUUCUCACCCGUGCGUGACUCAUCCGACCGGCCCGGGCCAGAUGAUGCGCCGACCAGCCCUGGCCUCGACGAUGUCGAGUUCAUCGACGACGACCACGACCCGGUGACUGUCCAGACGAUCCCCGUCGACACGGACGAGGAUGACGACCACGAGCUUGAGACACGGCCGCUGCGCCUUCGACACAACUCGCAGCUGACAAAGGGAUUUGAGCUGCGGCAAGGGCAACAUCAGCAGCAGGCGAGACGGGAGUCGAGGGAUACAGGAUCGAUCGAGCUUGCCAGGUCGCCUGCAAAGCUUCGGCAUCGUUCGUCUACUGCUUCCCUGAAUGACCUGCAGCAGGGCCGAAGCUACGCGUUCGUCUAAUCCUUCAGUCGGUCAAUCUGGGCGGUGAAGGGCGUGUCUGAAUACUGGCAUGCAAUUGUUUUUAAUAUAUUGCUAAUCAGCUGCA